GCUCGGUGCCUCCUCCUCCUUCUCCUCCCCUCCCCCUCCUCCUCCUCUCCAGCAGCCUCCUGUUCUCCGGGUCACCCCGUCUUUCUCCUUCCUCCAGCCCCUGUCCUCGGCUUCCUCUCCCCCGUCAUCUCCUUCACCUCCUCUUACUCCUUCCUUCCUAUUGCCAGCGUUCCUGGAGCCCCCAAGGACUAGAUCCAGAUCUAGGUCUGGAUUCAGCAUGAACCAACAACAGCAGCAGGCGCUGCACGGCAUGCCCGGGGUGCCUCACUUUCACCACCAGCUCCAGACACCACCACCUCUUCCUCUUCACCAUCACCACCAUCAUCAUCACCACCACCUUUCUGCUGCCCUCAGAGGGCCAGGCGUGGACAACAACCCCAUGGAGGGAGCCAGGCAACCCCACAGUCCUCCAAGAAGGAGAGGGAACAGUCCGACCACCAGUGAUUACCAUCAUCACCACCUCCUCCGAUCUCCAGCAGGUCAUUUGGGCCCCACAUUUCAGUGUCAGCCAGUACAUCAAGACCACAUAUGCAAUGAUGACAGCGAAAAGAACGAAGACAGUCCCAGCCCAAAAAGACAGCGAUUAUCGAAUUCUGUUUUUGAUUACACUGCACCAUCUCCUGCACCAUCGCCGCCAAUGCGACCAUGGGAGAUGACGUCAAAUAGGCGGCCUCCUUCGGCUCGACCCAUUCAACACCACUUCUCAGGGGAAAGAUGCAACACUCCUGCUCGUAACAGAAGGAGUCCUCCAGUUAGAAGGCAAAGAGGAAGAAGGGACAGGCUUUCACGCCAUAAUUCUGUUAGCCAAGAUGAAAAUUAUCAUCAUAUUUCCUAUGGCCAGCAGCAGACUAUAGAGGAGCCCAGGGCCUUUCACCCUCCGAAUGUAUCUCCCCGCAUGCUACACCCAGCUGCACACCCACAACAGCAAAAUACCGUUAUGGUUGACAUUCAUGAGCAGAUUCACCAGGGUACAGUACCGGUUUCUUACACUGUUACAACUGUAGCACCACAUGGAAUCCCUCUGUGUACUGGGCAGCACAUCCCUGCUUGUAGCGCACAGCAGGUUCCAGGCUGUUCUGUGGUCUUUAGUGGACAGCACUUACCCAUCUGCAGUGUGCCUCCUCCGAUGCUUCAAGCAUGUUCAGUUCAACACUUACCAGUUCCCUAUGCUGCUUUUCCACCCCUUCUUUCCAGUGACCCAUUCUUAUUACAUCCACCACAUCUUUCCCCACAUCACCAUGCUCAUCUACCCCCUCCUGGACAGUUUGUACCUUUCCAGGCACAGCAGUCUCGAUCGCCUCUGCAAAGGAUAGAGAAUGAAGUUGAGCUGUUGAGUGAGCAUCUACCUGUUGGAGGAUUUACAUACCCUCCGCCUGCUCAUGCACCAACAUUGCAGGCCUCUGGCCCUUUACAGUUCAUAACUCAUGAUACUUUGCACCAGGAGGUUUCCUUUGGAGUUCCUUAUCCUCCCUUUAUGCCAAGAAGAAUUACUGGACGUAGCAGAUACCGAUCACAACAGCCAAUACCACCGCCACCUUACCAUCCAAGCCUUUUACCUUAUGUCCUUUCCAUGCUUCCAGUGCCUCCUACCGUAGGACCAGCCUUUAGCUUUGAGUUGGAUGUGGAAGAUGGGGAAGUGGAAAACUAUGAGGCAUUGCUAAAUCUAGCUGAAAGGCUAGGUGAAGCAAAACCACGGGGAUUAACGAAAGCGGAUAUUGAGCAACUUCCGUCAUACAGGUUUAACCCAAACAAUCACCAGUCAGAGCAGACCUUAUGUGUAGUGUGCAUGUGUGAUUUUGAGUCAAGACAGCUUCUAAGAGUCUUACCAUGUAAUCAUGAAUUUCACGCCAAGUGUGUCGACAAAUGGCUAAAAGCAAAUCGUACCUGCCCAAUAUGUCGAGCUGAUGCUUCAGAAGUACAUCGUGAUUCAGAAUGACCAAUGUCAGAGCACAAUUCCAGCUCGGGUGUUCCUAGUCACAGAAAAAAAACUAUCCAUUGAACUUAACCCGUGUGGCUUCCAGCCUAUUUACACAAAAGGGUCAAUGGACCUCUUUUUUGCACUGUGUGAUUUAAUCAAUUAUAAAGCUUCUAAUUAGUCUUCACAAUUAUGGGAUUGUUAUACUAACCGUGUGAUUGGGACUCCAAAGAUUAUUAUUUUUUAUAUAUUAUGUAGCUUAUUUUGUGUGUGCACUAACAUUCCCUGGUUUUCGUGUGAUCAUUCCGAGUUUUUUUUUUUUUUUUUUUGCUGCAAGAUUACCGUGGAUGUGAUCUUUUAGCAUGUGCUUUUAUAUUUAAACAAAAAUAAAAAAAAAAAAAAAAAAAAAGAGAAAAACAAGAUUCAGUGGUAGCUCCAAACAGUUUAGCAAUCUACCUUGUUAUAGAGCCUUCAGAUACUGUGAGCAGGUGAGUGGAAUGUGUGUUUGCGUGUAUGUUGGUGACAAUGCUUUGCGUGGUUACUUGUGUCGAGCACAAGAGCGUGAAUAUGUGUGGUUGAGGACCUAUAUACCAGCAUGUACUAAGAAUGAAUGUGUGUAGUAUUACCUAUGCUGCAAUGUAUAAUCUUGUGUGUUAUUUAAACAGUACUAGUACUGUACACUGGUUUCUUUUCUUGUGUUUGCAGUUGCACACUGAAUGCUAAGGGUGUAGCAAUCUAUAGGCAUUUCAUUACCCUUCCUCUAUUUGUUAUCCAUAUAAUAUUUACCACUGAUUCCUAUGUUGUGCUUAUCUGUGCCACUGCUGGGGAAGGGCAAAAAGUGCAUUUGCAGAGACAAGUAAAAUUAUCAUCACUGUUGCUUUGAAAAAUUUUGUUUCUGUUCAAAUGAUUUCCAUAUUCCUCUUGUGCAUGCAAAGUGUUUAUGAGCUUCUGUCUGAGAGAGCAAAGAACUUCUAGACUACACAGUAAUAACCACAUGAGUUUGUCCAAACUGGUCCUUUAAUGAAUUCCACGGCUCUUUACCUGUUCUCCCUAUAGGAUAAUGGGUAAAGCGACUAGACUACUUUACUGGUCACUGACUGAUACCGCUGUCGUAUAUCUAGAGGUCUGGAAAGAAGGUCCUCGCUGUGGUCCAGGGUCAAUGCAUAUUUGCAAAGGAAACUUUUAGAACAUGCCACAAUGUGUUUUUUUUUUUUUUUUU